AUGGGAUCUGUGGUCCCCCGAGCACUCUCCUGGAAUGCUGGGAAAUGUAGUCUCUUUCGCAUCGCCCAGUGCAACCUGCUGUCAUCCCAGAACCUUAGUUGCCAGUCGGCGAGGCGGGCUUUCCAUUGGCUUCGGGGCGGGCACUCCGAGGCUAGGGGGAAGGAGAAGAGAUCAGGAGCGGGAGCUGAGGGGAGGGAGAGGCCGGUCCGGGUCUGGCCGCUGCCGCUGCUCGCCCGAGGUCUCCAGGCCGGGCUGCGGCUCCGUCCUCGGCUCCUGGGCACCGUCUGCGAGGCUCCGCCGGGCCAGCGUGGGAGAGCCGCGGGCGGCGGCCGCCGCAUCAUGUCAGCCAAGGACGAGCGGGCCAGGGAGAUCCUGAGGGGCUUCAAACUAAAUUGGAUGAAUCUCCGGGAUGCUGAGACAGGGAAGAUACUAUGGCAAGGAACAGAAGACCUGUCAGUCCCCGGUGUGGAGCAUGAAGCCCGUGUUCCCAAGAAAAUCCUCAAGUGCAAGGCAGUGUCUCGAGAAUUGAACUUCUCUUCAGCAGAGCAAAUGGAAAAAUUCCGCCUGGAGCAAAAAGUUUACUUCAAAGGGCAAUGCCUAGAAGAAUGGUUCUUCGAGUUUGGCUUUGUGAUCCCUAACUCCACAAACACCUGGCAGUCCCUGAUAGAGGCAGCGCCCGAGUCCCAGAUGAUGCCUGCCAGCGUGCUAACUGGGAAUGUUAUCAUAGAGACAAAGUUUUUUGACGACGAUCUUCUUGUAAGCACAUCCAGAGUGAGACUUUUCUACGUUUGAGAGAAGAAUGUGUGUGCAUUUCAAGAAUUUGGGGUUUUGGGGGGAAAGGAGGAAACUGUUUACUUUUUUCCUCCACACAUUUGGUUUUUGACACUUUCACCCCUAAUUCCCUCUAUGGCAAAACCCACCUGCAGCCACCAGGGGACCAGUUCUGUGUAGGUAACCAGAUGGCUGUUUCCUCCCAAGCUGCCAUCUUCCACUGACCAGACGAAACUCCCAACCCCAGACCAGGGUAGAAGGCGAGCCUUGAGUCCUUCCCACGGUGACACAGGGACAAACGCUUACCACGAGAGUGGAUGCUCUUCCCACCCCCUCCCUGCCUCCUCCUUGGGCCCUGCAGGCAACACAUCUUCCUUUGGCCCCUGGUUUUGGAAAAAUUCAUAUUCCUGACUUAUGUUUAGUUUUUUUUCCUACCAUUUCUAUUUCAUACAUUCUCAUACACCUAACUUGUAAAAUAGACUGAUAUUAUUAUUACAUAAUGAAUUAAAACAUAUGAAUUAAAAUAUUCCUACAGUCUUUAGCAUGGCACUGCUUUCAUCUCUACUUUUUCUGGAACAUGAACUCGGCCCCAUGAUGGGAAGAAAGACAUUUAUCAGACCAUAGGAUCACCACUAUGUUUUACUCCAGAGAUCGACUGAUAGAUCUUGCGGUUCCUGUUGCUUCAGUUGCUGCUUUCCAAGAAUGUUACAACGUACCCAGACAAGACCCAUGACCUUAACAUUUGUCUUUUAGACGUGAUAUUUAGUGGUUCUCUUCCAGAACAUAGAUGCGCCCGUUGUUUGUUUGUUGUUAACUUUUUUCAUACCUUGAUGAUGUACAUUUGUUCAAGAGAUUUCCUUGGCAGAGUAGGGACUCUUACAUUCCUAAGUGAGAGAACAGAGGUUACAAAAUGGAGAAAAAAAAUCUCCUUCGAGUCAUGUGGAGAACGAUGGGAAUGCAUCUGGGAUGGGGUGGGUGCUGGGAGGCCUCAAAACCCAGUCAAAUGGUGGUGUGACCGGUGUGGUGUGGGAGAGAGCGAUCAUAUCUGCAGUGCCUGCAAGUCCGACAUGAGAGAGAGAAGGGGUCUUUUUUAGGAACCUACCUCUGACCUCCCAGUAGCUUUCACUAUCCUUUAUAAAAUACCAACAAUUAAGUUUUGCGGUUCCCACAGUAGUAAGGUCUGAGGCCAGAGGGGAGGAGACUACACCAAAAGAUGGGCCCUCUGUGGUGUAGCCCCUGCUCCCAGAUUCCUCCUCUCCUUGUGUCUGUUGCCGAAGGGUCUGUUUGCAUCUGUGGAUGGGGAGAGAAGUACAUUUUUAGUAUACUAUUGCCCUGUUUCAGUGGUAACUCUAUUCUUCACAUUAGGGCUGUUGUCUUGAAAAGCCAAUUUUUAAAUUCCAAGGUUGGAUUAAAACAACAACAACAAAGUUCAAAUGCAUCCAGGUUUCCUUUUACUUUCUGGAAAUACCAUCUCUUUUCUCAGAGUGAGAGCUCGUCUCCUUUCCUUUUCCUAAACUGUAUCUGCUCCCCAUCAAGGAAGGCUCUCAGGGGACUGGACACCUCCCAGUGGAGAAAAGACCAUCCCAGGGAAGCUUCUCCACCUGCUUAGAGCCUCCUUCACUGUCAGGGACACACUUCUUUGCCAGCUGCUCUUAAAAAAAAAAGUUACAGCCCAGUCCUCCUUAGACUCUUACCAUCUCCUCAGGCAACAGUGCAUAUGCUCAGGCAAUGUGGAUCAUCUUAUCGUGAAACAACUAAGGCCAAAAAAGUGUGGACUCCAGGGACAGUGUGAUAGAGGGACCGUGCAGGAGGGACCGGAGCAGGCCCAGAGGGGGGCUGCAGCUGUGGUGGACUAGGAGAAGGGGGGAGGAGCACGGGCAGCGGGGAGCACAAGCAGAAGGAGAGGACAGAGCUGCGGGGACGAGGCCCUUGUAGGUGAAAGUCCGCCUUGGUAGAGUGGGUGCAGAUCCGAAUGCCUGCAGAGCUGGGCCGUCCGUGGAUACAUCAAAGGCCACAGAACGUUAUGAAAGAGAGCAUACAGCCCAGGCAUAGCACAGCGUACAGCCACUCGUUCUCCAACAUUUACAAGUACCUGCCAGAGACUCUGAUUCAGUAGGCGCGGGGCCUAGAAAUCCACCUGUUAAAACACCCCAGGUGAUUCUGAUGCAGGUGGUCUGUGGGCCAUACUUUGAGAAGUACUGGUGGAGACAUUGAGGAAAAGUUAGAGAAGUAAAUAUGUACAGCCACACAGGUGGCUGUAAGAUAAACUAAAGUCUCCGGGCAGCAUGCUUAAUGAACAAAGGGUGCUCCCAGUUCGGACUUGUGCAGGCAGAGGGUAAGCAUUCAGAUGCUGCGGGCAAUCAAGAGGACCUGAAGAGUCUGUGUAGGUAGGGGAGGAGAAGACAGAUGACCUUGGAGAAAGAUGUGGGAGAACUUAGAAGACCCUUUCAAACACAGAUUUCUAUGUAGAAAACUCUGGUUGAGGUUUGCUGCGUUCCUUGCCAGUGUUUUUGGACUUCUGUGGUGGGUGUGUGGUGAAGCACUGAGUCUGGCCCCAGUUGGGCAAAAGCAGGGGUUGCAGGCAGUCAAGUCUACCAAAGGCCACAUUAGGUCACACUUAUACUCUUACUAUAUAUGUGUGUGUGAGGCACAGGCCUGCCUUUCACGUGCCUCUAGUAGAGGGACGUGACGAGUAGAAGUGCCUGCCAUAAGGGAAGCACGGGUGAAUUUAAAGGAAGAAGAGAUCGGGGCACCUGGCCGGCUCAGUCGGAAAAGCGUGCAACUCCUGAUCUCGAGGUUGUGAGUUUGAGCCCCUUGACAAAAAUACAACUUUAGGGGCACCUGGGUGGUUCAGUCGGUUGGGCGUCCGACUUCGGCUCGGGUCAUGAUCUCGCGGUCCGUGAGUUCGAGCCCCGCAUCGGGUUCUGUGCUGACAGCUCAGAGCCUGGAGACUGCUUCGGAUUCUAUUCUCCCUCUCUCUCUCUGACCCUCCCCCAUUCAUGCUCUCUCUCUGUCUCAAAAAUAAAUAAACGUUAAAAAAAUUUUUUUUAAAUACAACUUUAAAAGAAAUGAAGGAGAGAUAAAAAAAAUAAAUGAAUAAGAUGAAAAUUUUAAAAGGAAGAAGAGAUGACACACAAUUCAGAAAAAUCAGCAAAGCCCUCUUCUCUGAGUCCUUCAGUUCUUAACCUCAAAAUGUAUUCAAGUCACCCUAAAAACCAAGUUUUUAAAAAUAACGUUUUCCCUCAGUCCUGCUGCAUCCUUCUCUUUCUCUGCAGAUGCAAACUCCUUGGAAUUGUCUCCACUCCUUCUUUCCACUCCCUGCCUCUCAUUCACUCCUCAGCCACUGCUGUCUGUCUCUGGCCCUGGCCUCCUCUCCUCCAGUGCAUACUCGAACGCCACUGAUCCACUGCCCCCUUCUGGUCCUUCCUGUUCUGUCUCCUGCCUUUAAUCCUUUUGACAUCUGGAGAUUCUUCUGGAUUCAGGGAGCCCCUUUUCUAGGAGUUCAGCUCCUUUCAGACUCUUCAUUUGCUUCCAACCACCUUGUCCCUAAAAUGUUUGUUAGUGGAUUUCUUUCUUUUCUUUUCUUUUCUUUUCCUUUCUUUUCUUUUCUUUUCUUUUCUCUUGUUUUCUUUCUUUCUUUUUUAGCUCUUGAAUAUCGAGAAUAUACAAUAUGCAAACCCUUUGAGCAUUAUACAUUCACUCCACGCAUAUGUAUCGAGCACUUUUUAUAUACCAACCACUGUUCUAAAUGGUGGAGGUACUUGCUGGACAAGACUAGGGAAGUCCCUACCAUUAGAUUCUAAUGAGAGGCGACAGGAAGCAAAUAAUUUCAGAUAGUGAUCAAUGCUCUGAAGAAAUAGGACAGCACAAUGGCAGCAUCAGUCUGGUGUCAAAAGGAACAGAAGACAGCGUUCAGCUUUUGACCACCACAACAGGCUGGAUGAGUCCCCAGCAAGCCAACAGCCUUUGACAGCCAGGCUUUUACUCGAAAAGAUGUUUUAAGUCCCCUAAACUAUCAACAAAGCAAGAACUCGGUAUGGUACCCACGAUUCUCUAAUUUACUACAAGGGACUCCUCCUUGUGAGAGGCAUGAACCGGCCCCAUGCAGCCUGGUGCAGGGUGGAGAGGAGAACUGAGGAGAAAACGGCCACAGAGGUCCCUGCUUUCCUUCACCACCACCCCCCAGGCUCGGGUGGGACCGGCAGGCAGAAACAUCUGCCCAGGUGCAGGGAAGGAGGAGAACUUCAGAGCUGAUGACCCCUCCCUGGAGGUUAGUGGGGGGAAUGGGCCGCCCCACAAUUCAGACCAGCCUGUUGACCAGCUUCACAGACAUCUUUUCCAGCCCUGCUCCCCGUGCUGUGGUUCCUACAACCACCCGGGGCCUGUGGGGCCAAGUGCAUUGCCUCCCCUUCUGAUUUAUCCUUCGCAUCACGGCCAAAAAGAGCCCCAAAAUGUGCGUCUGGUUGCCAAUCCCUCUGUAUUGAAUGGUUUAUUUUUAGAAUUUCUUGCUGGUGAGCAGGCAAUUGUUUUGGCAGCUUUCAAAAUACACUGUUAAAAUAGUCCUCACAGUGAAGACAUAAUCUGCUUAGCAGUUUUUUUGGUGCUUUUAUUGGGUCUGAAACGAGCAUCUUUGGCUGUAGUUUUGAAUAAAACAGAGGGGUGAAGUGGAAUGGAGUGAAAAGUAGAGAUUUGGUUCCCAAACUGUGCACCGAGGCACCCCAGGGCACUUCAGCAAAUUCACAAGGGUGCCAAAGGAUAUUUUAAUUUUCAAAGGAAAUGCAACAAUUUGGGACAUAUGUUGUACACUGGUCACUAUGAACUCAAGGCAGUUCGGUUUCAACAUCACAUUACACCACGCUACAUUCUUUUUGAGGAGGUAUCUUUAAGAAACCGAGUUUUGGGAAGUUUGGGUGAUAAGUAAGCACCCCUUAAAAAUCAAUGUGAAUAGGAAAUGAGGGUGGUUGUGUCCAAUCUGAUUCCAAAGUUUGAGAAGCUGUGCGGUGCUCAGCAGGCACAUAGCCCAUCAGUAAGUCAUUGUGAUUACAAAUAAAAUAAAAAUAUUUUUUCUCGCAA